AUGUGUUGCGACAACAACAACAUCUUCAACGAGUUCAUGACAUCAACUAUGACCGUGCAAUGCGACGUGAGCGUGUUUUCAGAGACAGAGCCGAUCCCUAUGACAGUUUGUCUGAAGAAUGUUUUAGAAUGCGAUUUCGCCUUACAAAAAAAUACAGUUCGGAAUGUAAAUGACAUGGUGAGGCAAGAUAUAGAACAGCCAACACGUCGAAAUCAUGCUGUCUCAUCUGAACUGCAAGUCCUAAUAGCAUUGCGAUUUUAUGCAACAGGUGGAUUUCAACUCACUAUGGCCGACGUUCAUGGACUUUCUCAGACGACUGUAUGUAAUGUCCUCAAACGAGUGACCAUUGCCAUUGCUAGAUUGAGACCACACUAUAUAGCAUUCCCCAAUAACGUGGAAUUGGACAGUGUUAAAGCAAGGUUUUUAAAUAUUGCUGGUUUUCCAAACUGUGUAGGAGCUAUCGAUUGCAGUCAUAUUCGUAUAAUUGGACACGGUGAUAACGGACAACGACUUAUCAACAGAAAAGGCUGGUCUUUUAUCAAUGUCCAAGCAGUAAGUGACACUAACCAUACAUUUGUGAACAUAGUGGCACACUGGCAUGGGUCAGUUCAUGACAAUAGAAUAUUUGACAACAGUUUGCUAAUGCAGAAGUUUGAAGAUGGAGAUAUAGAUGGAUUAUUGAUUGGUGAUUCGGGAUAUCCCUGUUUGCCUUACCUAAUGACACCUCUGCUCAUUCCAAGAGAUGCUGCCGACAAUAGAUACAACCAAGCUCUUUGUUCAACAAGAAACUCAGUGGAAUGCAUGUUUGGGAUUUGGAAACGCAGGUUUCCUUGUCUAACAUACACUCUCCGCUUCAAGGACAUACGUACAUCUCUAGCAGUGAUCGUAGCCACAGCGGUGUUGCAUAACAUUACUGUCACUGAAAGGGAACCUAAUUUUAAUGAUGACCUUGAUGAUCCACAGCCUCCACUUAGAAUCAAUGGGGUGCAAAAUGGUCGUGGCAAUGCUGUCAGAAGGGCAAUGAUUCAGCAAUAUUUUUCUUAA